AGCAAUCGAUACGCAGAAAGGGUGAAUCGAAGGUGAGCGAUUGCAUUGACUCCCCCCAUUCGACCGGAUCGGCGAUCCAUUGGCUCGGUCUGACUCGGCCUGGCCUAUGGGGCCCGCCGCGAAGUGUAUUUACAUUAGAAUUAUUUUAUUUUUUUGUUAAAGUGAAUAAAAUAUAAUUAGCAACGAAAACAAAAUACUGCUACCGCGGCGCGACCGCUGUGACCAUGAAGACGCUGACGGACUCCGCCGGGUGACGGGACGAGGCGAGGAGCUCCGGGCGAAAAGACGCGCGGCACGGAAUCUCGGAGAUAAUGAUGCCGGAACCGGUUCCGGGAUCCCCAAGGAUGAAGAACAGGGAGUCGCACAAUGCAGUGGAGCGACACCGGAAGAAGAAAAUCAACUACGGCAUCAACAAGAUCGGCGAUCUGCUGCCCUGCUCGGCCGCGCUCAAGCAGAGCAAGAACAUGAUUCUGGAGCAAGCGUCGAUUUACAUCACGGAGCUGAGGAAGAGGAAUGAGCAGCUGCUGCUGAACAGCGGCACUCCUGAGCAGGUGGAGGAAAUCCACCGCCUGCGCUUGCAGCUGGAGGUGCUGCGCCAGGAGAAUGAUCGCUUCGCCCAGCUCCUCAGGGCCAACGACAUCUGCCUCUUCGACGACCCCACCGUGCACUGGAAGGGCAAGGCCAAGGCCCGGCGGGGCCCGGCGCCGGCCGGGACGCCGGGAGUUGCCGCUCUCCUGGCGACGGCGCAGGGGGCGGCGGUGCCGGUGUUCGUGCCGCGGCCGCCGCAGGCGCUCAUCGUUUACCCCGGGGCUCAGAUCCACGGCCCCAACGGCAGCGCGCACGGCUCGGCGGCGGGGCCGGCGGUGACGGCGGGGGCGGCGGUGACAGCGGCGGGGCCGGUGGUGACGGCGGGGCCGGUGGUGACGGCGGGGCCGGUGGUGGCGGCUUGCGGGACGCUGGAGGCGAUGGGCGCGGUGCAGACGCCGAGUGCCGUGGUGCAGACGCAGGGUCCUGGUCCUGUAACGAGGACGCAGAGUCCCGUGGUACAGAGUCCCGUAGCGCCCCCCGAUCAGCCCGACAUUCGCGGGCCCGUCGGCUCGAACGGAACGGGCGGCGGCCGCUACGACGGAGCCGCCGCGGGGGGCGUCGCGGCGACGGGGAGCCCCGGUGUCGCGGACGAGUGGGGGCCGCCCGCAGAACCGCCGCCGGACGUUGCCGCGCAGCCCGGCCCGCCGGCCGCGGCGUCGCCGCUGUCGUCGCUCUCGCCGUCGCCGUCCCCAGCCCUGCCGCCGUUCGCCUCGCCGCCGGACGCCCCGGCAAACGGCGGCCGCCCGCGACGCCGGCGACGCCGGGGUCCCGCCGGAGAGUCCCCCUCCCCCGCGGGCGCCUCCCGGCGAGGAGCCGGCCGACGGUUCGGUUUCUGCGCAAGCUCCGUCGUCGGAAUCUCCGGCGCCGGUCCCGCCGCCGGCGUUUCCGCCGACGGCCCCUCGGGUCGCCGCGUCGGUCGGCGCGCCGCCGCCGCCGCCCGACGCGGCCGCUCCGGUCGCGGGGACCAGCCCGGCGUGCGCGCCCAGCAGCUGCUGCAGAGGAGGGGAACGUCCCGGACCGGCCACGUCGGCGCGGCUGACAGGGCGCCCGCCGGUAACUCGGGCCGCAAGGGAGGCGGGCGCCCGCUCGUGAGCAUCCUGCCACGACCGCCGCCCGCCGCCGCCGCGGCCGCCGCGGCCGCGCCGAAGCAGCGGGCGGCACCCGUGCCAGGUGUGCCGUCCCAGACGGUGCUGGUGAACGGGCAGCUGUUCAACAUCCAGCCGCUCAGCCCCUCGCUGGCAGCGUCCUCCUCUUCCCCUCCUUAUUCGUCGUCGUCGUCGUCGCCGUUCCUCUCCCCUUCCGUGGCUUCCUCCUCCCCGUCCUCCUCGUUGCUCUCCUUCGCCGACGGCCACGCCGCCCGGAUGCAGAUCCUACGGCCGGAACCGGGGGCCGACUCCGCCGCCGGCACCGGCGCCAGCGCCGCGCUGAGCGCCAUCGCCUGCCUCAACCGCAGCAUCUCGGAGGGGGCGCCGCUCCGCCCGGCGCCGUCGCCCUCCCGCGACGGCGCCGGCGGCAGCGCCGUCGGCGCCCUGAAGACGGUGCGGGCGCUGCUGGGCAGGAAGCGGAAGAUGCAGGCGCGCGGGAGGAGGGAGUCGGCGCCCAGGCAGAAGCGCGGGCGCAGGAGGUGCCCUCCCGCCGACGGCGCCGGCGGGGAGAGCGGAGAGAGGAGCGGGAUGCCGGAGAGAGCGGUUGAGGCGGCGUCCGUGGCUGCUACCGGGAUUGGAAGGGCGGCGGCGGCGGCGGCGGCGGCGGCGGCGGCGGGCGCUCCUUUCCACACCAGUGGAAACUUCUCCACCCUCUUCCCUCGAUCUUCCUCCUCCACCAACUCACCCGCCUCUGACUCCACCUCCUUUGACUCCUCCUCCAUCUCUGGCUCCUCCGUCUCUGGCUCCUCUGCCUCUGGCUCCUCCAUCUCUGGCUCCUCCGCCUCUGGCUCCUCCGUCUCUGGCUCCUCCGCCUCUGGCUCCUCCAUCUCUGGCUCCUCCAUCUCUGGCUCCUCCAUCUCUAGCUCCUCCACCUCUGGCUCCUCCGUCUCUGGCUCCUCCGCCUCUGGCUCCUCCAUCACUGGCUCCUCCACCUCUGGCUCCUCCAUCUCUGGCUCCUCCAUCUCUGGCUCCUCCACCUCUGGCUCCUCCAUCUCUGGCUCCUCCGCCUCUGGCUCCUCCACCUCUGGCUCCUCCGUCUCUGGCUCCUCCGUCUCUGGCUCCUCCACCUCUGGCUCCUCCGUCUCUGGCUCCUCCGCCUCUGGCUCCUCCAUCUCUGGCUCCUCCGUCUCUGGCUCCUCCACCUCUGGCUCCUCCGUCUCUGGCUCCUCCGCCUCUGGCUCCUCCAUCUCUGGCGCCUCCGUCUCUGGCUCCUCCACCUCUGGCUCCUCCGUCUCUGGCUCCUCCGCCUCUGGCUCCUCCAUCUCUGGCUCCUCCGUCUCUGGCUCCUCCACCUCUGGCUCCUCCGUCUCUGGCUCCCCCGCCUCCUGCCCCCACGUCUUCCCCCGUGUCUUCCCCCACCCGUUUGCCGCCGUCCGGCCGCCCGCCGCUGCCGAGCACCCCGACGGCGACGCCGGCGGCCACGGCGCCGCGCCGGCGUCGCGGCCGCCGGCCGGCGCCGGCGACGCGGCGGUCGCGGCCGCCGGCUCCGGCACGGCGGCUCCCAGUUCCGGCACGCACGGAUUCUCGGUGGCGUCGCUGCUCACGGUCGCGUCGUCCUCAUCGCUCUCCUCCUCCUCCUCCUCCUCCUCGUCGUCGUCGUCGUCCUCGUCGUCGUUGGCGUCGUCUCCGGCGCCCGGCGAUGGCGCCGACCGGGCCCCGACGCCGGACGCACGCUGGGCCCCUCCGUCGUCGCACGGCAACGGCCACCACCACCACCACCACCAUCACCACCUCCACUACCACCGUCACUCCCAACAACAGCAACAGCAGCAGCAACAGCAGCUGCUGCUGCAGCAGCAGCAGCAGCUGCGCCAUCACCACCAGCAGCAACAGCAACAGCUGCUGCAGGCAACGGUGACGCCAGGGCACCAGCAGGGUGGGGAUGAGAGUCGGGGGAGCGAGGAAAUUGGCGACGCCCACCGUGAGCGGCACAGCCAGGCCACGGUGGCGCCACCGCCGGUGUCCGUCGGCGAUGCCGGUGACGGUUGUGUCGGCGGCGGCGGCGGCGCCGGCGGUGGCUGCGAGGACAGCGCGGCGUUAUCCGCGGUGGGGAGUUGUGCCGGGAGCCCGUCGACGACCGUGGCCACCGUUCGCUGCUGGGGGGCGACGUCGGGAAAGGCGGGCGGCGCUGUGAGCGGCGCCGUGAGCGGCGCCGUGAGCGGCGCCGUGAGCGGCGGCGGCGGCGGUCAUUUCGUGGGAAGCGUCGGCCUUGCCGGCAGCGCCAGGGGAAGCGGCAGCAGCAGCAGCAGCAUCGGCGGCGGCGGCGUCGGCCGCUGUGCUGAAAGCGGAAAUGCGAGCGGCCUUGGCAGCAUCGGCCACUUUGUCGGAAGCGGCGGCGGAGGUGUGCCGAGCGGCGUCGGCCACCUGAUGGGAAGCACCGGCCUCGGCAGCUGCCGGAGCGCCAGCGACAGCAUCUUCAGCCUCGGCGGCGCCGGCGGAAGCGUGCCGAGCGGCGUCGGCCACCUGGUGGGAAGCGCCGGUCUCGGGGAUCCCGGAAAUGCCGUCGCAGGCGGCCUCGGCAGUAGAAGCGCCGGCGGAAGCGUGUUUGGCGGCGCUGCUUCAAACAGCCUCGGCAGCAUAAAGCACUUGGUCGGAAGCGGUUCCGGCGGCGGCGGCGGCGGCGGCCUCGGCCUUGGCAGCAGCAGCGGAAGCGUGCUGAGCGGCGCGACCCAUUUGGUGGGGAGCGUCGGCGGAGGCGCCGGCGGAAGCGGCCUCGGCAUUGGAAGCGGCGGCGGGGGCGUCGGCCGCUUGGUCGGGGGCACGAGCCUCGGCGGCACCGGCGGCGUCAGCCACUUGGUCGGGGCCAACUUCGGCGUCGGGAGCGGCGGCCGCGGCGGCUCCGGUGGCUGUGGCGGGCCGGGCGGCAGAAUCGCUCACUUGGUCGGAAGCACCGCCGGCGGAAGUGGCUUCGGCAUCGGUAGCGCCCGUGGAAGCAACCUGAGCAGCGUCAACAACCUCGUGGGGAGCGCCGGCAGCAGCGCCGGCGUCGGCAUCGGCGGCAGAAGCGCAGCGGAGAGCCUGGGGAGUCUGCUGGGGAGCGCCGGCGCGGUUUUCGGCGACCGGAUGGCGCCCGAGCUGCCCGCCAGCGUCCAGAGCGGCGGCGGCGGAGGCGGCGGAGGCGGCGGAGGCGGCGGAGGCGGCGGAGGCGGCGGGAGGUCGUCCCUGUUGCUGCUGCAACAGCCGGCGGCCGCCUGCGCCUUGCCGAUCCGUCACGCGGUGCCCGAGCCGGGCCCGAAGCCGGCGGGGGAGAACCCGCUUGGCGUCGGCGGUAGCCCGGCAGGCGCCGUCAUGGGACGCCUGCCGGGCUUGGCGCAGCAGCAGCAGCAGCAGCAUCAGGCGGAACAGCAGCAGCAGCAGCAGACGCAAGCACUGCAGCAGUUGCAGCAGCUGUCAACGCGGCAGGGAUUGCAGCAGGGCAUCUCGCAUCAGCUGCAACUGCAGCAGCAGCAGGCGCAGGCGCUCGCUGUGCCACGGAAGCAACAGAUGCAGCAGCAGCAGCAGCAGCAGCACUGCGACUUGAGCUGCGUCUCGUUCUCGGCCGUACCCGCGGCCUCGUCCAUGAGCCAAGAUCACGGCACCGGGAGGCCCAGGGCUUCCGGUGCCGGCGGCGGCAGCGGCAGCGCGGCGGCCGAGAGCGGGAAGCGGCAGCUGUCGUCCACCUCGUCGUCGUCGUCGUCGUCGAAGAGGAGGAAGCAGGGCGGUCGCUCGGCGGAGCCGCGCUCUGACAGGAGCCGGGCGGCGUUUGACCCGAGGACCUACGGUGGUUUCGUUGUUCCCGGCCAGCACCAGCUUCACCACCACCACCACCACCUCCAGCAACAGCAGCAGCAGCAGCAACAGCAGCAGCAGCAGCAACAGCAGCAACAGCAGCAUCUACUGGCUCAGCAUAAUGCACACCACCAUCAUCAGCAACAACAACAGCAGCAGCAACAGCAGCAACAGCAGCAACAGCAGCAGCAGCAGAGCCGAGGUGCGGUGGCUCACCGACAUUCGUACCCGCUGGCUAACGCCGACGCGGCGUCGAACGGCGCGGCGGCAGCGGCCUCCGCCUCCGCCGGCGCGCCGCUGGCGUUCGCCGAUCCCUUCUCGCCGGCGGGCGCCUCGGAUGUCGGUGCAUCGGCCGGCCGCUUUGGGCUGCAUCAGCAGCAUCAGCAGCAGCAUCAGCAGCAGCAUCAGCAGCAGCAGCAGGAACAGCAGGAACAGCAGCAGCAGGCGGCCGCGGCUGCCGUCACGGGGCAUCUGGCGCACUUUCGAAGUCUACAGCAGCCAGUGGGCAAGGACGGCUUCCAGGGGUCGCAGAAGUCUUCUUCUUCGUCUUCUGAAUCGUCAUUGUUGGCCGUGAGGGACAACCAGCCGGCCUUCGCGUUCGAGCAACAGCAGCAGCAGCAGCAGCAGCAGCAGCUCGUUCAGCACCACCACGGCCUGCAGCAGCAGCAGCAUCACCAGCACCACAGCAGCCAUCAUCAUCACCCCCAUCACCAACAUCACCGACUGCAGCAGCAGUUUGGAACGGUCUCAUCUUCGGCUGCCACUUCAGCCCUAACGGAUGACUGCACGCAGCAGAGCGGCGGGGGUCUGUUGCAACAGCAGCAGCAGCAACAACUGCAGCAGCAGCAGCAGCUCCCUUUCUCAAACAUGACGCCUUACCAGCAUCCCACGGCAGCCGGCGGAUUGUUCGGCUUGCGCGCGAAGACACAAGAAGGCCACUUCCAGCAGCAGCAGCAGCAACAGCAGCAGCAGAGGCAGCAGCAGCAGCACCAGCAACAGCAACAGCAGCAGCAGCAGGGCGGCGUUGCCAACGUACGUCCCGAUCGCAGCCGCACUUCCAGCUACUCGGCCGAAGCACUCAUCGCCGGAGACGCGCACCAGCACCAGCCGCCGCCGCCGAUGCCGGCAGUGCCGCCGGCAUCGGCGUCUCAGCGAGCCAAGCUCAACCCGCCGUGCUUCCCGCCGCCGGUGCACGACGCCCAGCGCCUAUACGCCCCAACGCUCGCGCCCGAUGGGUGUCUGGCGACACAGCGGGCGGUCCCACAGCAUUCGCAUCAGCAGCAGCAGCAGCAGCAGCAACAGCAGCGGGGGUACCAGCUGCACGGCAGUGGCAGCGCAACCGUGACGGCUCGGCCUGCAUCGCUGAGACACGCGGACGGGGCCGAGGCUGUGGUGACGACGGCGGCGACGCCGUCGUCGGAGGCGUACGCCUGCAAGACAGACGGCCUGUUCGAGGUGGCGCAGAGAGACGCCUCCGGCAGAAGGGACGCGGCCGCCGCUGCUACCGUGGAGUCGCUGCGGCAGAGCUCCGAGCAGCAGCAGCAGCAGCAGCAGCGCGGGAAGUCGCAAGACGCUCAAGUUGCGGUCGGCAAAGCGGGCAGCAGACCGAGUGGCGGCGGCGGCGGCGGUGGCCGGCAGGCCAAGGCUUUCUGCCGGCCGAGCUCGGCGGUGGCGGCGGUGGCGCCGCACGCCCGGCACGGCCCGGCGACCCACGUCCCGUCGUCGUCGUCUUCGUCGUCUUCGUCGUCUUCGUCGUCGUCGCUGUCCGGAUCGUCGGCGCCGCCGCUCGGCGCGUUCUUGGGCGCCGAGGGCGUGCUGUCGCCGGGCCGCCACCACCACCACCAUCACCACCACCAGCACGGAGCGUUCGCCGCGCAGAACUUUGCCGGUUUCCCGUUCGUCCCGGACGUGGCGGGCGCUGGGACGCCGGGAGUGGGGAACCCGUUCAUGGGCCGGGCCGACUCUGCCGGCGUGCACCACCACCCUCACCAUCCUCACCAUCACCCUCACCACCACCACCCUCACCAUCACCCGCACCACCACCCGCACCACCACCCUCACCACCCGCACCACCACCACCACGCUGCGGCUUCGCUACUCCCGGUGGAGGGAGCCCCGGCGAACGUGGCGCCGCCGUACUUCCCCGCAUACUCCCCAGCGUCGCGGCCCGGCCUCUCGGCGGAGAUCCCCAUCACCUACUUCCCUAACCAGCUGUUCGGCACCGGCGCUGCCGGCGGCGGUAACAUCGGCGGGGCCUCGGCGGCGGGCGAGAAGGUCGUCGGCUGCGGCCUCGGCUCGCAAUCGGCAAUGACGCAACCGGCGCAGCCUCAGCCGCAGCUGGCAGCGCCUCCGCCGUCGUUCGGCGCUGUCCUCUCCCCUUCCCGCGCCGUCGGCUUCACGCAGCCGGGUUUUUCGCUGCUGCCCGAUGUGCCGAGCCGAGUUGGCGGCGGCGGCGGCACGGCGGUGGGGCCAACGGUGGGGCCGGGGGGCCUGGCGCACGCGGCGCACCUCUCCAACUUCAACCUGACGGCGCUCUUCCCCGAGAUCACGGCCCCCGUGGUGGUGCCGGUGGCCUCGCCGGCGCUCGGUGCGGAAGGCGGCGGCGGCGGCGCGUUGCUGGGUGUGGCCGUGUCGGCGGCGGAAGCGGUCAAACAGCAGCAGCAGCAGCACCAGCAGAGCAGCCGACCGGCGCACAACAUCAGCCGGAUACUGGGGCACAGUGGCAACUCGCUUUGAGUCGUGUGGCACCCGGGAGACGUGACGAGCGGAGAGACGCUUUGAAAACCUGAUUGAGACUCGGGGAGACCGGCUUUCACGAUCAGAGGAGUCUUGAUUGAGACUCUGAUACUGGGGUCUCGGCCUCUGAGACCUGUUUGAGAUACAGGGAGAGACAGGGGUCUCAGGAUGUUGGAGUCUCCUUUGAGACUUUUAAAAUUGCCAUCGUUUAAUCCUGCGUAUAAUUGCUGGAACGGCGUAAACGUCACUUAAUUUAUGAAUAUACACGAAUGCAUAUAUAUAAAACAAUAAUGACAAUAACAAUCGCGAAGUUAAUUGGCCAGAGUUGAUGAAUGUAGUCACUUUUUUUUUAAACCUUGAGUCUUAAACGUUGGGAGCUCUUCGCUCUCUCGCCUGGAGAAUUGAGGUAAGGAGAAGGCCGUGUAAAAUGAAACUCGUUUGGAAUAAAACCUUCCGAUAUUUUUAGCACAAA